AUGGUACGUGGGGGCGUGCAUCACGGGAGGAUGAACCGUAGCAGGCCGCGCGCCGCAAAGACUGUGACCGGAUUGCGAUAUCGUGUAUGCAACGUGUGCUCUGACAUCGGGGAUGUGCUUCACGUGUACCAUAGCGUCGUGGCAGAAUUUGUCAGUCAAUUCGUUGCUAUGUGUGCGGAAAACUGUACUCACCGCGUGAGGCGGUUUCGACGCGCAACCCCAGUCGAUAAGAUAUGCUCGGGAGGCCUGGUCGUUGAAGAGGACGUUCGAAAGAGUGGAGUGUUGGUGAAGCCAAGAGGCGAGAGGGAGCGUAAGGAACGUACGGCGGCAGUCGCCUGGAUCUCUUGUUCAGAUAUUAACGCCUUGGCGUACCCGCCCUUAUAUUUGCCUGCGACGACUUUAUACACGACGCCGUGCUCGCCUUGCUCUUCGUUCUUCCGCACUUUGAACUUCAAGUUCUUCUUAUCGACCCACAGUGUCAGGUCAUCUGCAAACGUACGUGACGGUGGCCCAUGCGACGAAGCACGCGAAAGGUCGCGGACUGGGAGCUCAAAGGACUUCUAUUCCAUGCUUACCGUGCCCUGGACGACCGGUGCAGCCCAUGCUGUAACACACAAGGCGAUCAACGAGGAAAUAAAGAAGAAGAUAAAGAUAAAGAGAAGGGAAGAGUUGAAGACGAAUGCAAUACUAGAGGAGGAGGACCAGCCAAGCUCGAUUUGCAGUUCAUCGUGCGCCCUCUUUAUGGGUCGCUGGAAGUGUGAUCCACCGCCUGUCACCGUGCGUUCUGCAUGACCGUGAAUUCAUGUCCCUGAUCUUGCUCUGAUCGCACCAUCAAUAGUUGUAGUGCUCUUCUUGCCGAUAUGAUGGAAGCAUAGCCAAUCAUGGCCGAGUGUGUCCGAGUUGCUCAACUCUAAGAUGCGAUCUUGAUCG